GAUAAGGUAAUCAAAGCUAUUGUGCCUCUCCUGGCCUCUCACUUUGAUACUUCAACUAAGCUCCCUGAAGGCAAUGAAAUGAACAGCACCAUGCUCUCUAGCUACCCAAAACACUUCACUUCCAUUCCAAUACCACUUCCCUUCAAAUCUCAACAUCUCCAUGUAGUUCGUUUUCCCAUCAAAUGCAGCAGCAGCAGUGAUAACAACAAUAACACAACUAGCAUCAAUGAAAAUAGCAAGGAAUCACAACCCGUUACACCACCAAAUACGGUUGAGAUUCGAUUCAGUAGACGUCCGUCAAAACGAAGAAAGCAGAAGGAAGAAGAAAUGAUGAAUGCAGGGAAACAAGCUGUGAAACCUAAGCCUCCACCUAAGGAUUGGGAAUCCAUGAAUCUGACUGAGAAGGCUAUUGAAUUAUAUGUGGGAGAAAAAGGACUUUUGUUCUGGCUUAACAAGUUUGCUUAUGCUUCCAUCUUUAUUAUAAUUGGGGGUUGGAUACUUUUUCGAUUUGUUGGUCCUGCACUUGAUCUUUAUCAGCUUGAUACACCUACUCCUCUUGCUCCUGAAUCUAUGUUUAAAGGUUCAGGAGAGAAACCUUGAUCACUGCAAAGUUCAAGUUUUGGAUGACGAGAAGAAGUUUUCUAAACUUUCUCCUGUAUGCUUUAGUCCAAAUUUUGUAGUCCUGUAUGUAACUUGAAAGCUAAUAGAUUUAAGCAAAUAAACAUGCCAAUA